AUGGCGUCUACAUAUCCCGAUCAGAAGGAUGUCGAUGCGAACGCGAUUUCGUCAAUCGCGGAUGAGAGGUUGGGUUCUGUGUUGGAUAAGAACUUUGGCACCGUGAAACCGAAAUACUAUGGCACCGACUCAGACAGACAUGAGAUGGAGAUGCUGGGAAAGCAGCAGGUCUUGCGACGCAACUUUUCAUUCCUAACAAUGCUGGGCUUCGCGUCAACCUGUAUCGCUUCAUGGGAAGGCAUCUUCACGUAUCUGAACUUCGUAUUGACCGACGGCGGCACACCGCUGCUCUUCUGGGGCUUCUUCGCUUGUGCGACGUGCAUGACGCUGGUGUACGCAAGUCUGGCCGAGAUGUCGUCCAUGUCCCCGACUGCUGGCGGUCAAUAUCACUGGGUUUCCGAAUUUGCUCCUCGCAAAUACCAGAAGGUGCUAAGCUACUACUCGGGAUGGUUGACUGCUGUCGGCUGGCAGGCCGUAGCUUUGGUCGUCCACAUCACCGGUUUCCUGGCCAUCAUCAUCACACUGUGGGCCACCGCCCCUCGUCGCACCGCAGCCGAUGCCCUCCUGAACUUCACCAACGAUGGCGGCUGGUCCAGCACCGGCCUCAGUGCCAUGGUCGGUCUUCUUGCCCCUACUGCUGUCCUCGUUGGCUACGACUGCUCAGUUCACAUGUCCGAGGAAAUCAAAGACGCCUCCAUCGUUCUCCCCCGUGCAAUCAUGGGAAGCGUAAUAUUGAACGUCUCCAUGCUAUUCGUCGCAAUCAUCACCAUUUGCUUCACGCUCGGCGACCCCGCAGAAGUCCUAGCCUCGCCCACCGGCUACGCCUUCAUCCAGAUGUUUUACAACGCCACGAAUUCGCUCGCCGGCGCCUCCGUCAUGACCUUUAUCAUUAUUUUCAUGCUCUCCGUCUGCGCAGUCUCCGAAGCCGCGGCUUGCUCCCGCCAGAUCUGGAGUUUUGCCCGUGAUAAAGGUCUCCCCGGCCAUACAUGGCUUUCUAAGGUCUCGCCGCAUUGGAACAUUCCUCUCCCUGGCAUCAUUGUCAGUUUGAGCAUCAGUGCGCUCCUCAGCUUGAUCAACAUCGGUUCCUCUGUCGCGCUGAACGCGAUUACCUCUCUAGGCGCCGUCGCAACGCUGAUCUCGUACUACCUCACUAUCGGGUGCCUCGUACACCGCCGUCUGUUCGGCGCACCGCUACCUGAUCGGAGGUGGUCACUAGGACGAUGGGGCUUGCUGAUCAAUGUGGUGGCGUUGAUCAUUUUGACACCGCUGAUCUUCUUCUUGACCUGGCCGUUGACGACGCCUGUGACGGCAGAGACCAUGAACUGGAGUAGCGUCAUGUUGGCGGCUGUGUUCGUCAUCUCGACUACCUAUUAUCUGGUCAAGGGAAGGAAAGAGUUUAAGGGUCCGGUUGUAGAUGUGCAUAGGGAGGAGUAA